AAGCUGAAAAUCUGGAUGUUUACCAGUUCAGUCUACUUUAGCUGAAGUUCUGAACGGCUGGAUCCCAUACAUUUCUCUGGAAUACAGACUGAAUUUAAAUCCAGUGUUUGACUCUUCAUCACGCCAUUCAAUAAAAAUGGAGACCCCUGUGUUUCUUCUUCUCCUGGUGCUGUGCUGCUGUGUGUGUUGUGCUCAAAACAAAAAACACUCACAAUCAGUUGAGAGACGCAGAAACACUGCAGCCAAACCAGACAAAGCCUGUACAGGAAAGGUACUGGAUCUGGUCUUUGUGAUUGACAGUUCCCGCAGUGUUCGCCCCAGUGAUUAUAUUAAGGUCAAGGCCUUUCUCAAAAACAUGCUGCAGUUACUGGACGUGGGGAAGAACCGGACCCGUGUUGGGUUGCUGCAGUAUGGCAGCACGGUCCAAAAUGAGUUCUUCCUCAAUGCCUUCUACAAGAAAGAGGGCCUGCAGCAGGCGGUCAGUCAGAUGGAACACCUGGCUGCAGGCACCAUGACAGGGCUGGCUCUACAGUUUCUACGAGAGGAGGCUUUUACUGUGGCUAAUGGAGCGCGCCCAAUGGAGCUUAGAGUGCCACGUGUUGCCAUGGUGGUGACGGAUGGACGACCCCAGGACCAGGUGGAAGAGGAGGCGGAGCUUGCACGGCAGGCUGGGAUUAAGAUCUUUGCUGUGGGCGUGGGACGAGUGGACAUGGCCACACUGAGAGCAAUCGGAAGUAAACCACAUUUGGAGCAUGUGUUCCUAGUGGCCAAUUUCAGUCAGAUUGAUACGCUAAUCUCUGUGUUCAACUCUACACUGUGUACAGAUAUGGACCCAUGUCUGGUGGUGGACCAUCAGUGUGAGCACAAUUGUGUCAGCACUGGUGCGUCCUAUGUGUGUAGAUGCAGGAAGGGCUUCGUUUUGCAGCCAGAUGGCAAAUCCUGCCAGGCUGAAGAUAUCUGUGCCACGGUGGAUCAUGGCUGCCAUCAUAUGUGUGUUAAUGUGGGAGAGUCUCAUAAGUGCCAGUGCAGACCAGGCUUUCAACUGGAGGAGGAUGAGAAAACUUGUCACAGGAUAGAUUUCUGUGAUUUGGGGGACCAUGGAUGUGAGCACAACUGCAUGAACACACCAGACUCCUACAUCUGCAGGUGCAAGAAAGGGUUUGUCCUUAAUGCAGAUGGCAAAAGCUGCAGCAGAGUAGACAUAUGUCAGACAGUGGAUCAUGGCUGUGAUCAUCAGUGUAUUAAUGAAGCUGGUUCAUAUGUGUGUGUGUGCUUUGAGGGAUACACACUUGCUGAGGAUGGCAAAAGCUGCAGAAGGGUGGACAUAUGUCAGACAGUGGAUCAUGGGUGUGAUCAUCAGUGUAUUAAUGAAGCUGGUUCAUAUAUGUGUGUGUGCUUUGAGGGAUACACACUUGCUGAGGAUGGCAAAAGCUGCAAAAAGUCUGAGUCUGAAUGCAGAGAACAGGCUACAGAUCUGAUGUUCGUGGUUGAUGGGUCCAAAAGCCUGGGCAUGGAGAACUUUGAGCUGAUGAAGAAGUUUGUGAGCGGCCUGGUGGGGGCAUUGCCGGGCAGUACCCGGGUGGGGCUCAUGCAGUUCUCUACAUCUGUACAAACUGAGUUCAGUCUGGGUCAGUACCGCAGUGUGUGGGAUGUGCAGAGAGCAAUAGCAGCCGUUCGAUACAUGGGCCGGGGAUCCAGGACUGGCACUGCCCUCCAGCACAUGGUAGAACACAGUUUCAGCAAGAGCCGAGCAGGCGUCUCCCGCAUCGCUGUCAUCCUCACUGAUGGACGCUCACAGGAUAACGUGUCCAAAUGGGCCUCUAUGGCCAAAUCAAACGGUAUCACCAUCUAUGCCGUGGGUGUGGGGAAAGCUCUGGAGGAUGAGCUGAGGAUAAUGGCCUCACUCCCAGAAGAGAAACACCUGCACUAUGCACAAGACUUCAGCCACAUGGAGCAGAUUGCUGAGAAGCUAAAGAAUGAGUUUCAGACAUGUGAAGCACAGCAACCUAAAGACCUGUGCAGCUGUGAGAGUCUUACAUCAUUCCAGACACAGGCAUCUGAAGAUCUGAGGAAACUCACACAAAAAUUAGAAACCAUGGCUAAAAAGAUUGAUGUCCUGGAGAGCCAAUUACACCACAAGUGAAGGACAAGAAACUGACUUUCCUUUCCCUUGUUUUGCCAACUGCAUAAGCUAUUUUACUACAGAAUCACACAGAACUGGUACAGACACCUGUAAAACCUCUUAACGACUUUCUUUUUUGUACAGAAAUGAAUAAAAUUACAUCACAUUA